AUGAAGUCCGUCACCAUCCUCUCCCUCCUUGCUUCCAUCGCCAUCGCCUCUCCCGUCGCUAUCCCAGCACCUGUAGCUGAGCCCAUCGCCGAACCCCUUACUAUCAGGCUCGAUGCUCGCCAAGCGAGUGCUACUCGCACUGAGCUCGAAAGUGGCAGCAGUUCUGCCUGCCCAAAGGCCAUCUUCAUCUUCGCCCGGGGCAGCAAUGAAGCCGGCAACAUGGGCGCCCUAGUCGGACCCUUCACCGCCAACAAGCUCGAGAACGACCUCGGCGCAGCAAACGUCUGGGUCCAAGGCGUAGGCGGACCCUACGAUGCCGGUCUUGCCGCAAACAUCCUCCCCGCCGGUACUACCGCCGCCGCCAUCACAGAAGGCAAGCGUCUCUUCAACCUCGCUGCUUCAAAAUGCCCCAACACCCCCGUCGUAGCAGGUGGCUACUCCCAGGGCGCGGCCCUCAUGGCCGGCGCCAUCCCCGGUCUGAGCGCCACUGUACAGAACCAGAUCAAGGGCGUCGUGCUAUUCGGAUACACAAAGAACAAGCAAAACGGUGGCAGGAUCCCCAGCUUCCCUACCGCCAAGACGGCGAUUUACUGCAACAACGGCGAUUUGGUCUGCGAGGGUACUCUGAUUGUUCAGCCUACUCACUUGCAGUACUCGGACACUGCUGCUACUACCGCCCCUGCUUUCUUGGAGGCCCAGCUCGCCAAGGCAUAG